CCCUAAACAAAAGGCUGCCAUCAUCCUAAAGGAGAUAUUCAGCUGCGAGAGAGCCCGUCUGCUUGAUGCUAACUAAACAUGAGCUCCUAUUUUGUUAACCCUCUUUUUUCUAAAUACAAAGGCAGCGAGUCACUGGAACCCACUUACUACGACUGCAGGUUUCCACAAAGCGUUGCCCGCAGCCACACGCUAGUUUACGGACCCGGAGCAGCCGCACCGGGCUUUCAGCACCCGUCCCAUCAUGUGCAGGACUUUUUCCACCACGGGUCCACGGGGAUCUCCAAUCCCGGAUACCAACAAAACCCCUGCGCUUUGGCUUGCCACGGAGACGCAACGAAAUUUUAUGGCUACGAAACCCUUCCGAGGCAAACGCUUUAUGGUACCCAGCAAGACGCAAGCCUAGCGCAAUACCCAGACUGUAAAUCGUCGAGCAGCUCUAACCCCGGAGAAGGACAAGGCCACUUAAAUCAAAACUCCUCUCCCAGUCUUAUGUUUCCUUGGAUGAGACCCCACGCCCCAGGCAGACGGAAUGGGAGGCAAACCUACAGUCGCUACCAAACUCUUGAAUUGGAGAAGGAGUUUCUCUUCAACCCUUACCUGACCCGUAAGAGGAGGAUCGAGGUAUCCCACGCCCUGAGCCUGACCGAGCGGCAGGUGAAGAUUUGGUUUCAGAACAGAAGGAUGAAAUGGAAAAAAGAGAACAACAAAGACAAGUUUCCGGGUCAGAGAGGAGAAGCUGAAGCCGAGGCUGAGGCUGAGGAAGAGGGCAACGAGGACGGUGAAGGGGAAGAGGCAGAAGAGAAAGAAGCGGAAGAGAAAGAAGAGAGCAAGGAGUGAUUUUUAUGGUCCUUUUUUAUGGUUAUAUGGCUGAAAAAAGAGGAAAAAAAAGGAGAGAGGUCCUAUAAACAGAGGAAGAGUCACAAGGAGGCAAAGAGCGUCAACUUUAUGACCACCCUUCCAUUUUGUCAAGAGGGAACAGGAAUCCCACCAAUAUUGCUGUCACAAAUAGACAAAAUUCUCCCUUCCCUCGAUUGUUCUAUGAUUGCCAUUUGGAUAAGUUACACACGCUUGUAAACAUUUUUGUUAUAGAACUCUCACACUUACACAGAAAGGGUAAAUUAAAACGCAUGUUAUGGAAAAUGGCGUAGCUGUUUUUCUUCUCUUCACUUUUUUAUUUUUUAUUUUUAUUUUUUUUUUUUUUGGUUUUAACAAAUUUGCUUUCUGUAUGAAACGCGUAGCCAAAUAAUAUCAAAACAUGACCAACACCUGUGUUGUAAAUAGAUUCAAGCCUACAUUCAGGAAGAACACCUUUCCAGAUCGGCCUCUAAGAAACUGUAAACAAAACGUAGGCCUGUAACUUAGUAGUAAGUGUUCAAACAUCAUCGCCGCAGUUACAUUGGCUAACAGCCCAUGUAUAAACCACACCUUUUAUUAUUAGAGUUGUUACUGUUACUAUUUUACUUGUUUUAUGACCCCGACAAAAGUAGCCAUUAGCUCCUCAGAUAUCUUUUUUUCUAGGAUUACCAGGGAAAUGCAACCGUUUGAAAUCCUUUGAUGCUACCUAAACCUGGGGAAAUUGCAAUAGAGAUUUCUGAAUAUAGAGAUUUCAUAUGGUUUUAAUUUUAAAAUGUUCUAUAACAACCUUAUAUUAGUAAGUUAUGUGUGUAGCAUUUACCCAGUAUUCAAUAAACACUUGUUGAAGACAAUUUGUGAGUCUUGGGAAGACAAUUAGCUCAAAGCCAAGCAAACCAUUUUGAGAUUGUACCACGCACUACCUAAACUCAGAGCUUUGGCCCUGCAGAGUUUAUAUUCCACAUGUGUGGCAUUGCUCUGAUUUAAUUGCAAGCUAUUUCCCCAACAACUAAAACUGCCUAUAACGCAUAUUUGCGUAUGAUAAUACCUGCUACAAUUACAACGAUUAUAAGGGAACUUUUAUUUCAAUGUGCUGGUGACAUAGCGUAGUUGUUUUGCACUGAAUAUAAUCUUUAUGUACGUCUUGUUAUAUAUUGAUGUUAACAAUAUGCUCGUUUCCUGUUGUUAUUUCUGUGAAAAACGGAAUUGU